AUGGAUGAGACCACAGGAAAGACGUUGCUUGGUGAAACUGUUCCUCACUGGGUCUUUAUAAAUCAUGGAAGUGAAGGACCUACAAGUUCAACAACCUUAUACCAAAGAUUCCCUUCCCUCCCAGAGUGGUUAUAUCAUCACGAAAGACGUACCAAAGUCUUUCUUACAGCAAUUGAUCUUUGUCCUCGUGAACCCACGGGUCCAGUCGUUAACUGCAAAGAUAACUGGAAGUGUGACGUCUUACUGCUUUCCAGAGUCAGUAAGAUCAAAGUUGAGAAUAUACCAAUUGAUGUCAGAUAUCCAUGCACCGACGCCCGUUUCAUUGCACCAUAUUUCGACCCAGCAAGAAAGAUGUCUGAACCAAGGGCUCGUGCUGCUAAGAAUCGCGGCCAGCAAAAUUUCAGCGAGGCAGAAUUAAGACACUUUCUUCACGCGCAUGGUGAUGUUAAGUUUGCCAUCGAAAACACCACCAAAGCUCUCGACGAAAUCGUCACCGACUUCAUCAUCGAGCUCUGCUUCGAAGCAUCUCGCGCAGCACAAAUCGCUGGGCGUCAAAAGGUCAAGCUUGAUGAUAUCAAGUUUGCCUGUCGUAAGAACCCGACUUUUCUGGGAAAGAUCACGGAGGUUUUUGAGAAGAAGAGUUUUAUUGAUGAGGCAAAGAAGACAUUUGAUGCGACGGAUGAUAAAGUAGCAAAGUCAGGUGGAAAGUUUGAAACGUUGGGCGAGGAGGAUGAUGAUCCCGAUGCUAUUACCACUGUGAAGGGCGGAAAGUAA